GAUUUUGUAGCGGAGGGGGGCUACAGGGAUGGCUUUUCUGAGAAGUCACCACCUUCUCACCUUUUCUUCUAAAGACACAAUAUAUUGCUGCCAGUGACAUGAGAAGUCACUAAUUGUGUCAGGACUGUGUGUUCUGUGGUUUAGGGAUGCAGCCAGCCAUCCCCUGCAGCUCACUGUGUGCCGUGUGAGCCGUUUGCUUUGCUUUAAAUGUGCUGCCACAGUCAGAGGUUGAAGACAGCUGGUGCAUUUCUCACCCCAUAAGAGGAGCGAGAAGCCACCCAAGGCACACUCUGCUGCUGCACCCAGCCCCAGGUGUGGAAGAGCUGCUGUGAAGCUUUGCAGCCAGCCAGCAUAGGUGGGACAUGCUGAUUUUUGACAGCCGUGGUAAACUAAAGCUCCAUGAGAUCCACGUGAGGCUCUUGCCAUAAAUAGCUGUGUGCCAGCAGCAGAGCUCUGGUCUUGGUGCAUCCUUGCUUGCAGAGGUCUGGAGACAAAGCUGAUAGAUGUUGCCUCUAAUGGGGUUGGGUUCUGCCAACCUGCAUGAACAGAGCAGGGAGUUCUGCCAGCUCUGCUGACUCAGCAUGUGUCUGGUGAUUUCCUAAGAGAAGAUACAAGACUCUGUGCAAUCUCCUCCAUGUGUGCAAGACAUACAUAGUCACAGCUCUGUGAAGGUAAGCUUUUUUUCUCUGUCAGGAGCCAAAGUGAUGUGCUCUUACUACAGCCUUCAUGCAGAAUUCAUGCAGGUUCAGACUUGAUGGAUAUUGGGGAAAAUAAGAGGCUGAGCCCAGUGUUGGCAGCUACAGAAAACUGGCAAAGGCAGAAGGGAGGCAAGAGGGCAGGGUGCUGGGGUCUCUGCAGAUGGCACUCAGCAUUCCCCAGACUGAAAGCAAUGCACUCCUCCCUCCCCUGCAGCAUCCUGUGUCAGCUCACAGCCACCACCUGCGGAGCUUCGGUGUUUUUCAACCUGCUGCUUUGCUGACUAACACCUCCGCUUUCUGCCUGGCUCAUUCAUAUUUUAGCCCAUUUCCUGAGCUUUGAGGUGGCUUCUUCUAUUGCUUUCCCUUCCAGUAGAACACUGUUACUCAUGUCUCAGCUGUUCUCCUGCUAUUUUUCACUUAUUGUAAUGUAUGAUUAUUUUCCUCCUAAAUGUCACCAGUCAGUAAUAGGGUGUCUUGACCCUAGAGUUAUGCCAGGUCUGUAUUUUUGAUGGUGCUGAGGAUAUUGGUUUAACUCCAUUGUGACAGGAAGAAAAUACAGAGGUAGUACUGUUUGUGGGGAGUUUUUUCCCCAAAUCAUGAACUUGAUAACUGCAAGUGUGACUAGUUCCCUCUCCUACAGGAUGGAAUUGUCAGCUCUAAAUGUUAUUUUCUCUGCAUAUAUUCUUGCUGAUAAAUACCUACAGAUACCUAUCCUCCUUCCAGUCAUGGCAAAAUGUUUUUGGGUCAUGAAUAACUCUAACAGAAUCUACCAAGCCUUCCCUGGUGUGCCCUUCACACUUGCUUCUUGGUGAAUAUUGCCACUGUGAGCUGGGCUGAGACUACACUUUUAGUGAGUUAAGUUUGAGAAAAACAAGCCUUUAGGUGCAAUAUAUUUAAAUUUAUGAAGCUGUUUGUCUUAGAGUGCCAUCAGUGGUUUUGUUUUAAAAAUUAGCUCUGUAAUAUCAAAUGCAUACAAUUGCAUGGUUUAAAAGCAGUAUGGUUUGUGUCAGCCAGACUAUCACUCUUUAGAUCGAUCACAUACCUUUCCCUCCUUUCUCUGCACAAAUAACAGUACGGGCACAGCUUGGAGAGUCCUGUGUAAUCAGGGAGUGAAGGCUGCACCACUGUUCUGGUCUGCUAUCCUCACAACAGAAAGAUAUUAAUAAGUGCCUGGGGAAUGUCUAGCUUAGCUGCUCAGCCUCACUGACCCUGUGCUGUCCCACACUGCACCCAACAGUGGUGACAAUCUCCACAACCCACAGGCAGCAUCAGCUGAGGCAAGUCUUUUCUAGAAGCUUGGGCCUGACACUGUGCCUGCAAGUGAUCCACAAAGCACACAGAAGGGAGAGCUAGUCUCUUACAGAGACUGCUCCAAAACACUGUGAGGAGUAGCUUCUGUACUAAGUCUUGGGACCUUCUGUAUGUGUGUUCUAACAGUGCACAACCAGCCCAGCUACCAGCAACUACCUGGGAAACAUGGUCAAGAGCCACCUGCCCUGGCCUGAAAGACCUGAUGUUUCUCCCAGAUGGGAAAAAGGGUGGAUCAGAGGCAUGGAGGGCUGAAUGUGGAGCCCACUCAUCCUGCACCCUGCUGCUUUGUGCCAACUUUACUGCUGCAGUCUUCUUGGGUUAUUCCAGCUCCUUGUUCUUUACCUUCCUACCACCACACUACACUGUGUGUGCCAAAUCCCUCCACAGUGCUGCUCAUUUCCCUCUUGGCCAAGGACACAAGCAUGCAUGGGCUCCUUGCAGCCCCUUUUAAGGUAGGUGUAGGUGAGUUGGCUGACCCUCCCUCAGUGUCAGCCUUGCAACCUGCAGAGCCCCAGCCCAGAUACAAGCUGUAGGCAUGAGAUAGGGCAGGGAUGAGCCCCCCACCUGUGUAGGAGCCAGACCAUAUCCCUGCCUGUUGUCUGAGGAUUGGUGGUGUUGCCCUGGUCCUGGGGCCAUUUUGGGGAUGGAUGGAUGGAAGCCGAGUACAGUGGUGCUUGGCAGUCUCCAAUGUGGCACGUGCUGUACUAUGCAGUUUGGCUUAGCCCUUUAAUACCGUGACACUGAUGCCUCCUCACUCCAAGGGUCUUAUUCCACCAGCCCCACUAUGACCUUUUAGCUAUGUGAGUUUUUAUCGGCUCUCCCACCCUUUUCUCAUGUCAGAGAUCAGAGCAGUACAGUAAUAAAUAUUGUGUGGGUGUCUGGACCUGAAUUCAUCACCUCCUCUCACCACAUCCUUCUGUCAGCACAGUAAUACUGAUACAGUAGUGACGUCAAUCUCCAUUUAUCGCUGUGUAUUCCAACACACAACGGCCCUUGGUUGAGCACAAGUAGGCUUUGCUCUUAGUGCAGAUGAGACCCACCUUCCCCCCAGCUCCUGCGCAGAGGGGCUCUGCAGUCGCAGUCAUGAAUUAGCCAGGCUGGCCAUGGAGGUGUUGGAGGGCUGAAAUGCACAGGACAGGGCAGGUAAUGUCCAUGUUUCCACCAGUUUUCCCUGCUGCCGGUUUGUUGCUGCUUGAUAUUUGCAACUUCACUGUAACUCUUUCUUACAGCUGACAUGCCCUUUGUGCCCUGCCUGUCAUUGCUGUUGGCCUCUACUGAACAGCUGGAGCAUUCCCCUGUCUCCCUAUUGCUUCAGCUUUGUGAUUAGAUGGCAGUGUGUAUUGAUAAGGAAUUUUUUUCAAGAAGAGAGCUUGUUUGGGCAUAUAACUGGUGGAGUGUGUCUUCCACUCUUUUUUUAGCUUGGAUGUAGCAAAACUCAUUUUCUCAUGCUUGGAAAUAUCCUCUUUUUUACCUAAACUGAGUUCUUAAUUAGUUUUGGUUUGAGUUGGGUUUGUUUUUUGGUGGGGUUUUUUUGCUGUUUUGUUUGUUUGCUGGAGGGGGGGUGCAUUUGGUUCUGGGAUUUGUUUUGUUUUGGUUUUUGGAAGUUUUGUAAGUGCAUACAUUUCCUGAAAAUACUUCAGAUUGAGAGCUUAGACUGCAUCCGUCUUUGGCAGCUUAUAAUAUCAUAUUUCUAGAUCCUUAACAAAAAAUAAUCUUCAUAAAUGUCUGUGUCUGUAUUGAUCCUGUUUCCUAUUCACUGGUAUAUUAAAACCUUGUAGCAUCAUUUACAUAUGCAUAUCUAUAUGAAUGCUGAUCAAUUCUAUUGCUGUGGUCUUGCACACUGUGCCCUCGGAUACCCCAGGGUUUGCAGCAGUGGCACUCAGCAGCUGUACAAUGCCUGACAUUUUAUAAGAAUUAAGUGACUGUGUUUCAAGGCUCCGUAAAGCUGACUUGGAGUUCCCGUUUCAUAGACCAAGAUGGUCUGAAUGAGGAGGUAGAAAGAACUUAUCUAAUGCCUGACAGGGAACAAGCUCCUGGCUCUGCUCAUUGCCCCUUGCCGUUCUUCCCUCCAGGUGAACAAUCGCGUGCUGACAGAUGGAAGCAAAUGGUAAGUGUGUGACAAAUGGAGGGGUGUAGGAAAGGUGGGGAUCUCAAUCACAGACUUGAAUUGAGGUUUGCAGGGGACCUGACUGGAGAAAGCUUCAGAACAAGGGCAGUUAUACAUCUCCAUUGAAGUAAUGAGGUCUUUCAGACAUCAAAGAGCACAAAGACACUGCUGCAGAGCUGCAGCUUUCCCAGCUCUUCUGCAUAUGCCUUGUCUGCCCAUGUCUUGCCACAACCUGGAGCACACACAGGGGAUCAGACACACAGCACUGACACUGUCUGUGGUGCUCUCAGAGGCUGCAGUCCCUUCCCACCACACUGAGAUAGGAGAACUCUGCAAGAAGAGAAGGAGAUAAGUGUUGUACUAGUCUGUGGGCACUGGCAGGGGUAAGAGAUGGUACAGUGAAGUCCCAAGUGAGGACUUGGACUUUACCCAUGUUAGCAGAUCCUACUGCUUUUCUUUUUAUUUUUCCACUGUGUUCUUAUUCAGGAACCUCCCUUCUAGAUUACAAUGCUGCCUGUUAACCUCUCUCCAUUGUGUAAUGGCAGCCUUUGGUAACUCCAUAAAACAUCUUCCCAAUGAGCUACUUGUGUUUCUUGCUUCAAGUUUUCCUUGUUCAGUCCCUCCUGUCUCAUUGGGUUGAUGGUACCACUCUGAGGAGUGGAAGGCAAGUAGGGGAGGCACUUGGAAGAAACCAUAGUCCACUAGGUAAAAGCAGCAAAUACUUUCCUUGUGUUGCUCUGUUCAUUUAGGCAAGAAUGGGGGUGAAAUGAGGGAGCCACAGCAGUCUCACGGAUAUAAAGUGGCAGAGGCCCUGCCAAUUGGAUUCUGAAACAAGUGGUGGGCCUGCAGACCUCUCUAAGGACCCAGCCCUUCCCUCCUUCCUUCCUCUGCUGAAGAAGAGGCAGCAAGUUGCCUUUCUUGGCCUUCCAGGGUGGCCAAGACUGUGGAGUAUGACAGUCACAAAACGAAGUGAUACUGAGAUGGGCUUAUGGUACAGCCAAUCUUGGCAUGGAUGAGCAGGUUUCAGAUGGCAGGAUAACAACAGGCCUUCCUCAAAGGAAUGGGGAUUUGGAGAAGAGCAGUGGAAGGAUGAGUGGGAGUACAAGGUGGGGUUAGACAGUGGGCUGUAUCUCAGUGACCAGGAAGUGCACCCCCAGAAGUAGUGGUAACAGCAAGAGUUAUUAUAUAGAGGAAACUUGGAGAGCUGGGACCAGAGGGAUCAAGAAAAGGUGUUUCCUCAAGGUGAUGUAUGAUGCAGAAAGAAAGGCUGGAGUGGGGGGGAAGAGAGCUUCUGUCCUGCCACUGGCAGCAGGUGAGAGAGGCUGGCAGGGUGCCUGGGGCUUCUUGCUGAGCUGGAGCAGUGCUUCCUGGGCAGGAUAUGUUUGGCAGGAAAGGAGGGGCAGCAGCUGCACCACUGCUCCCACUGCAGGGCUGAGGUGCUGCAGCCACUGAAUGUCUGUGGCACCUCCAGAAUGAGAUGAGGCUUGCUGAUCUCCUCUGGCACCUGGGGAGCACAUCCCUGAGCUCACACAGGGCUACAGGGGCUUUCUGCUGGCUGCUAAAUUUAUUUGCUUUCAUUAUUUGAGUAAACCUGGGAAAUUUUUUUAACACCACAAAUGUUCCCCACGUGGUAGAGGCCUCACUGGCUUCUCUCUGCUGAGUGACUGUCUGGGUGUUUGCUGCUGGUGGUGGAGGCAGCACAGGCACCCAAGAACCUGGAUACCUGCAACCCCCCAUAUCAGUACAGGCUGGAGAUAAAUGGAUCAAGAAUAGCUUUGCUGAGAAGGACUUGUGGGUGCUGGUGGACAAAAAGCUGGAUAUAAGCCAUCCAUGUGCACUGGUAGCCCAGAAACCACCUGUGCCCUGGGCUGCAUCCCCAGCAGUGUGGACAGCAGGUUGAGGAAGGGGAUUCUCCCCCUCUGCUCUUGUGAGACCCCCCACCUGAAGUUCUGCCUGCAGCCCUGGGACCCCCAACAUGAAAAGGAGCUGCUGUACUGAGUCCAGAGAAGGCCAUGGAGGUGCUCCAAGGACUGGAGAGGCUACAGACAGGUUGAGAGAGCUGGAGUUGUUCAGCUUGGAGAAGAGAAGGCUCUAGAGAGACCUUAUUGCAGCCUUUCAGUAUUUAAAGGAAGCUAGUAAGAUAUGGACAGACUUUUUAGCAGAAUCUGUUGUAAUAGGACAAGGGGUGAUGGUUUUAAAUUAAAAGAGGGUAGGUCAGACUAUGUGGCAUGGCACCGAAGUGCAUCAGCACAGCCUUUCCCUGCAGUCACUGCUGUACAUUGUUCUCUUUUGUGCCACAUGGGAGGCGGGUUUUUUUUCUGGUAUGUCUUCCUGGAGUCCCUUAGCUAGAUAUUUUGUGUUUAUUUAACCAUGGGUAGGCCAAAUCAAUGACUUCUCACCAGCCUUGCUCAUACAGAUCCACAAUGAUCUUCAGACUCUUUUUGACUAAUUCACUGCACAGAUGUUUAACCCUCAGCAAUGUCACUUCCCAUAGUAGUAAGCCAUUUCUAGUUGCAGGAAACUAAUGAAUGAAAAAAUGGGUUAGCACUUAACCCAAGAGCCUUUCCUGUUGCAUGGAUAGCCUAAGGCUGCAGUCACUGCUGCUUUCUCUGUGCACAUGCUGGCAAGGAACAAGGAUUUCACUGACCUCACCUGUGGCCAGUUGGCAGGGCUGUUGAUCAUCCCUCCCUCAGCCCAUGGAGUAGAUACACAACACAGGAGAGCUGAAAUUACUUGCCUAAAUAAAGCACUUUUAGACAUUUAAUGAAAGCAAGAUCAAUUCCACCUCAACCUUCAUUGUAUUAGUAGAUGUCUGAGCUGAGCUUUUAAUUGAUUGGGGGGUUUUGUUUGUGUUUUUCUUUUUUUCUUUUUCCCCCUCUCCCCCAGGACAUCCAGUCCGAACCAACAUGAGGAACAAAUGGUGGCUCCAGAAUAUUUCCUUCUUCCUUUUAUUCCAAUACACUGUGUGUUGUGAAAACCUCACUUGUUUUGUGGACUACAUACAGACCCUGUCCUGUAUCCUGAAAAAUGACUUGGGUGCUGGUUCAUACAACCUCACUGCAACAUGGAUUCCUGAGGAAGAUCCUGAAAAUAUUGUGGCUGCGUGCAGUCUCCUGCAAUUGUCCAGGAACACCAGUCACACAGAGUACAUGUGCACUGUGGACAUGACUGAACUCCUAGGAGAUACCAAAGUCCAAGUGGAUGUUACAGAGGUAGCUGAUAGGCAGCAAGUGAUUUCCAAAGACUUUUAUUUGUCAGACAACAUCAAACCACAGCCUCCAUUCAACCUGACCACUUUGUUCUCAGAGGGUUACAAUAUUUCUUGGGAAACCACCUACCAGAAAUCUCCCUUCCACUUUUUGAAUGAGGAGCUGGAAUAUCAGCUGCGUUAUAAGAGAAGAACUGAUACCUGGGAGACUCAGAAGACUAAAGCUGUUCAUGAAGGUAAACGGACACUGGUGAUCCUGCCAUGGGAACUCCAGGUGAACACUGAGUACGAGUUCCAAGUGAGAGCCAGACCCCGCGAAGACAGCGGCUACCAUGGGUUUUGGAGUGAAUGGAGUCUUCCAGUGUCACUGAAAACCAGCCCUGCCGCAGUAACACAAACAGCAGGUAUGGGAUGGCUGCUGCUGUUUGGUGUUGUUGUGUCAAUCAUGGCUUCAAUCGCAACCUUUCUGGCCAAACAGCAGAGCUUUUGGAAGAAGAUGGCUUGCAUACCAGACCCUGCUCCCUUUUUCAAACCUCUUUACCUGGCGCAUAAUGGAGAUUUCAAGAAGUGGGUUGGUGCAUCCCAUACAAAAAUGACCUUUGAUUUCUUUGAAUGGGGAAUAGUCCUUCCAGAAGUCCUAGAAGUUUACACCAUGCGUCCUUCUAACAGCACCUCACAGGAAGAGCUGCAUGAGCUGAGAAAGAAUCUGCCUUGCAAGACCUGUGUGUCUUGCCUGACUGCCCCAGGCCACAAUAGCCAGUCCCUGUGGUCCAGUGUAAACAGCAGCAGUGGGACUGAGGAGCAGGAGCAGUCAUACGGGCACUUGUCCAUUGAUACGGUGACUGUGGCUGAUGAAUUUACAUCCUGUAACUGCCAGUGCAGCUGUAACCACGUGUACAGGGGACAUGAGCAUACCAAUGAGGAAGAUGAUAGUGCUGGAGGACCUGGCUACCCCAAGGUUAACAUUGAUGAGGAAGACAGAAAGAUAUCCCAUGACUUGCAUCUGGCUGACCUGAGCACGCAGGACAAAAUACUUGCGUCAGGUUCCGUGUCCACAGACCACUUGAGGAGCACAAGUGUCCCAAUCCACCAGCAAGUAGAAAGGUCUUUAGAAGGAGGAGUGGGGAGCAUCCUAGAAGCCCUUUGCUUGCAGCCUCUUCGGUGGGAUUUGGAAAAUCCAGGUUCUCUACCUUCUCCUGACGGUGACAGUGUUUCCUACAGUGAAGGCUCCUACGACUUCUUCCCUCACAGUACCAGGCCCGGUGACAGUUACCCUACGAUCUGCGUUGAUUUGGACACUAUUGACAGUGGCUUUGCGGACUCAGACUGUGGAAGUCCACUUGAUUGUGAAUUUGGGCAAAACAGUCAGACCAACUGUGGGCCCAUCUCUCUUGAGCAGGAGGGGCAGGACUUUCCACGGAGCUACGUCAAGCAGUGGGUCUCCUGUCGCUCUGACAGCCCUGUCAGUGGGACACAGGCAAACUGAGGACUUGAUGUUGUUUGGCAGAGUGUGGGGCCUUUCUUUACUGUGCCAAGAGCAAAGUGUUAGCAAAAUUCAGAAGAGAAACAAAGUUUGCUUUGUGUAAGCUUCUUGCACACAACUGAAAACUGUUAGGUCCACAGUAAUACAUGCCUAUUUCUAUUGCCACUUAUCCUAUUAAUGUCUAAAAUUUGUUAUGAUUGUUUCUGGGUUUGGUUGGUUGGUUGUUGUCUUUUUUUUUAGAAUCCUAAGUACCUUGACAAUUAUUCUUUGGGUUAUAUAGAUGUGCAUUUUUUUUACAGUAACCUUUGAAGAGUACAGAACAUUAAAUUAUUUUCCCUGGUGUUUUCACAUGACUUGGGAGUUUGGCUGUACAUGGACUCCUAGAAGCAUAACCCAUGGCAAGCAUGUUUGCUACAUUAAGGCUCCCCUACCCUUUCCAAACAACAUGUGGUAUUACUUUUCCUACUAAUGUCUUUUGGCUCUUUAAACUCAGCUGUAGUAGUUUACUAGUUAUGGAGGUCCCAGUCCUGUCCAUGGGGUAUGAUCAAAACCAAUUCUUAUUUAAUCACCAUAGAAAUGUAUGUCCAAGAGAACAAGCACAGCUCAGGUUUCAGAAAGACUUUGCCUUUCCAGGUGGAGUCUGUAAAUGAAAAGUCUUCAGAAUAUAUAAUUCCAGACAAACUCUUUCUACUAGGCUACAGAGUCAGCUUAUCUCCCAGCACUUUUCAAGCACAUUAAUUGAGCAGCUUUUAGAGCUAUGCCAAAAUUUCAGAAAUGUUGUCCUACUUGGAUGUGCCUGCAACUUCUGCCUUGGACUUGCUCUACUGCUGCUAACAGGUCAGUAGCACAGAUUUUGAGCAAUUUCUGCUAGCUAAUAAAGCUAACUAUGAAACUGCAAUUUGCACUGUAACUGUCAAUCUGUUUCCCUGACAUCACUAUCUCUCAUUUGUUUAGGCUAAUUGUCUUUAAAAGUUACUGCAAUACUGAAAGUGAAUGUGAAGACCUACAUCUUAUGUUGGCAUAGUGCUGCCUGGCUGUAGGAGGUCCUAUCCUGAGAGAAUCUUUGUGGUGAAUGAUGUUUGUUUCCAGUGCAGUAAUAAUCUGUUGUUGCUGUGAUACCAAUAAACUCCCUUCCCUCUUCUCCAUCUCUUAACUGAGACUAUAGGCAUCUCCACAGCUCCCUAAACAGAAGGGAGUACUGUAAUGAAGAGAAGCUCUUUCUUUCACAGGCUCCUUGGAGCAUCACACUCCUCGCAGCAGUGCUGGGCUCAUUUGCUGUGUUCAGGUAACAGCAAGUAAUGCAAACUGAAAACAUCUUUUAAAAACACCACGUAUUGCUGAGUAGAUCGGGUCCAUAUUCUUCGUAUUAAACUUUGCCAUAAGAAUACCAAAUCAGAAGCUUUCAGUGAAAAAGUAUAAUUUUAAAUUAAAACUUCAUCAGGAGAGAAUUCACAGAAUAGAAUUCCUGAUU